AUGGCACACCUUCGGGACUCGAACGACACGCUCUUGCUGAAGGCCCUUCUGAUUCGGCUCCAUCGGCAGGCGAUCGCAGUGCCUCGCGCAGUGCAGGCGAACGUCCUCCGCGUCGGCGCCCCAAUCACUACGACAAGCCUCGUGGAGACGCGGGUGGCCGACUCCGAGACAAAGACUCUAACCGUCGUCAGUACGAAGCAGAACAUACGGCAGCCGCUCGGUCUGGCAGAGCUGGAGGUGGAUCAGCUCAUGUACCAGGUGGUGCCACGGGACCUGUUCCUGCAGCUGUACCAGGUGCCGCACGGUCCGAUCCUCUCCAGCAAGCUGAUCCCUGGCAACUCCAGCGUGAAGCUCUCGCAGCUGCCGUGGGGGAUGGAAAGCUCCAUCGAGGCGCUGACGGCCUCCUUGUACGACCAGCUCACUCAGCUCGUCGACUCGGCCAUGGACACCUUCAAGAAGGCCGCUGCGCGGACGGUCGCUUCCACCAUUCACGAGUACCAGCGGCAAACGGACCGACGCCUGGGCGCCACCGAGGGGGAGCUUGCGAACCUCAAGCGCAGCAUCGCCGCUUUUGAAGGGGAACAAGAGCGCCAUCGACAAGCCAUCGAUAGCAUCAAUCGGACACUCGCCAUCGCGGAG